AUGUGUCAAUCUCGUGAAGAAGAGACGCAACUUUUUUCAUGGGGUUGGGAUCUGUAUCAGUUUGCCAUGAGCAAAUUCAUACAACCCACAUGUGAUCCUUGGAAAACUGCUAUGGCCAGAGCAAAUACACUCAUUUAUUUACAAGUCGUGAUCGAUAGUAAACCAUUAUGUAUUGCUACGUACCAUAUGCCUUGUCUUUACAAAGAACCUGACGUCAUGGCAAUUCAUUCUUCGAUUGUGAAAGAUUUAAUGUUUCAAUUAGCAGCUGGACAAGAUUUUAUCUUAGCAGGUGACUUCAAUAUCAAACCUCGGGACCUCUGUUAUCAACUUUUAACAGAAAAAGGUGAUGCUAAGUACAAUUUACCGAAAUCUAAUACUUAUGAAAUCUCAUAUCGACCUAAUCAUGAACAAGUAUUGAAGAGUGCUUAUCGAGAGAAGAAUGGAACCGAACCGGUUUACACAGAUUUUUCUCAUACACCCCAUUCGCCAAACUUUUGUGAGACACUGGAUUACAUCUUUUUUAAUGGUAGCCUUACUGUAGAAAAAGUGUUGGAAUUACCAGAUCAUCCAACUGGUGAAUCUUAUCCUGAUGAAACACAUCCUUCUGACCAUCUAAUGAUUGCCGCGACAUUCCAAUUGUGA